UUCUAGCAAAACACGUGGAUGGUUUCCGUUACCCCGGAUGUGUGAGCCGCGUAACCCGGCAAACCUGGGUAUACAGUUUACGGCAUUUAAUAUAUCAAAUUUGCAAAGGUCAUACAGCUCUGUGAUGUCUGAUCAAGAAGAUCUGAUAUCAGUGGAUUAUGAAAUAUUUGGUAGAGUUCAGGGCGUGUUUUUCCGAAAAUACACCCAGGCAGAAGGAACGAACCUGGGCUUGACUGGCUGGGUGCAAAACACGAAGUCUGGGACAGUGCAGGGUCAGCUUCAGGGCCCGAGUAUGAAGGUGAAACAGAUGCAGGAGUGGCUGAAGACCACCGGCAGUCCCAAGUCUCAGAUAACCAAGGCCGAGUUUAAGAACGAAAGGAAAAUCGAUACAUUGGAGCACACGAAUUUCAAAAUUGUUCGUACUUGAAAAUAACUUGAUGCAAGUUUUCAGAAUACUUAUGUUUAAAGCUUAUCACUUAAAAUCCUUUUUAUGCUGUAUUUGCUAGUUGUGUGGCUGCUUGUAUCAAGAACAUUUUGUGUGGUAAAUGUAUGUGCUUAACUUAUUGUGUAUGACAGCACAAGUACUUUAAAAUGAAAUUAAUACUGAUGCAAACAGAUGACAUACACUAUGUGUGUAUAUAUGUAUAUAUUGGUCUAUCUUUCUGUGUAAUGAAAAUAUGGUUGUCCUUUACAGAACGGUAUGUGGAGCAAUAAAUAAGCCUCAAAAUCC